AUGUUGUGGGAAAUCGCAGCCUGUGUUAUUGUUAUAUAUUUAAUAAGGCAUUAUCUUUUGCCGACGUCCAACCAUCACUUGGAUAAAUUGCCUGGACCUCCACGGUGGCCGCUCUUGGGCUCAUCGUUGGAAUUCAUCGGCUACACUCAAGCCGAACUGUUUGAUAAGUUGAUGGAGUUCCCGAAGCUAUAUGGGAAUCGUGUUUGUGUUAAAGUAUUCGGUCGAUACGUUCUACAUUUGUAUAACCCUAAGGAUAAUGAGAUUGUUUUAUCACAUUCUCGAAAUAUUACGAAGAAUAAACCGUACGAGUUUAUGAAACCUUGGCUGGGAACUGGAUUGCUUUUGAGUACAGGUAGCAAAUGGCACAAACGCAGGAAGAUCCUGACUCCAGCAUUCCACUUUGAGAUCCUCAAGAACUUCGCCCGGGUUUUCGAGGAGCAGAGUAGGAAUAUGGUUGAAGAUAUCAAGGGCAGGCUUAAAAGUGGCUCUGACAUGGUAGACGUUAUGCCCUUCAUCAGUGACUACACGCUUUACACUAUAUGCGAAACGGCAAUGGGAACUCGCUUGAACUCGGGAGACACAGCCGCUAAAAUAGAAUAUAAAGAAUCAGUCUUAACUAUCGGAAGCCUAAUUAUGACAAGAUUAGCACGCUUUUGGCUGCACUUCGAUUUUAUAUUUAACUACUUCUCAGCGACUGGCAAAGCUUUUAACGAGUGUUUGAGGAAACACUUUACGUUUACUGAUAAUGUGAUUGAGGAGAGAAGGAAACAACUUCAAGUCAACACAAAGGAACAACAAGAGAUCCACGGAAAGAAAAGAUUGGCGCUACUAGAUCUUCUUUUGGAAUCAGAGAGCAGGGGAGAAAUCGACGCCGAGGGAAUUAGGGAGGAAGUCAACACGUUUAUGUUUGAGGGUCAUGACACAACGGCUAUGGCACUGACCUUCGGCCUCAUGUUGCUCGCUGACCACGAAGAAAUUCAGGACCGUAUUUAUGAGGAAUGUAAGACCAUAUUUGGCGAUUCAGAUAGAACAGCGAACACAUCUGACCUGGCCGAAAUGAAGUAUUUGGAGGCUGUUAUUAAGGAAAGCCUGAGAAUAUACCCUAGCGUACCGUUCAUUGGACGUUUGAUUACUGAAGACUUUUAUUUAGAUGACGUGCUAGUGACAAAAGGUUCAGAGGUUAAUGUCCAUAUCUAUGACAUGCACCAUCGUGAGGAUCUGUUCCCCGAGCCAGAGGAGUUCCGCCCCGAAAGGUUCCUCAAUGGAGACAAAAUGCACUUCUCCUACGUGCCCUUCAGCGCUGGCCCGAGGAAUUGUAUAGGUCAACGCUUCGCAAUGCAAGAGAUGAAGUACAUUCUAAGCGACAUCAUCCGCCAUUUUAAGCUGAUCCCGAAGCAGAAAGGUUAUCGCCCAAAGCUUAUCGCCGAUCUUGUGUUACGAGCUAACGAACCUAUUUAUGUUAAAUUUGCUUUAAGAUAG